AUCCACUGGGAAAUAGGGCUAGACCAUUCCAUCCUUCGUGAUAUUUUUGGCAUCCUCAUUAUAUUGUAACACCAGAACAUUUACAGACGACAUUAAAAAUAUAUAUUUUUUAAUGCAAAUUAAUUUAUUUCGGAAGAGGGGGCCUUAUUCUUACAUUUGUAUAUGAUUUUUUGGUUUCUCCACCCCCUUUCUCCAUUGGAAUGGCUGUUCCUUCACACUGCCUACUGUGCCAUAUUGGAUGGAUGUUAACGUUAUCGAUGUUGCAGCUGGAGUUACGAAUGAAAGUUUAGAUUUUGCCCUCUGCAGAGAUUGGGGUUCCCACGGAUUCUUCGAGGACCCUGGGGCAUGGUGACGUUAUUCAACAACCGGGAUCCAAAAAUAUUUCAUUUUGCAGGCCUCUAGCUACCUUAGAAACAACGUAAUAAGACGAUGCAGUUGCAGGCCAUGGCGACCAAAGGCUGCAUGAAUUGUUUGUAAUAUUCAAGAGUAAAACAGUUAACUUUGUUUAUCUGGAAAUUAUUUGGGAACAUGAAUAGCCAUCCUCCGCAACGCCGGGUUGGAAAUAUUGGCUCCAUACUCCUCACCCCGCAAGAGAACGAAUGCCUCUUCAACUACCUGGGAAGGAAAUGCAUUACUCUGUGCACAGCGGUGGUCCAGGUGUAUGGGGCAGACAGGAGCUCGUCCUGGGUGAAGAGGUGCUGCGGAGUAGCCUGUCUGAUCAAGGAUAACCCUCUGAGGUCCUACUUCAUCAGGGUCUUUGACAUCAAGGAAGGGAAAACCAUGUUUGAACAGGAGCUCUACAAUAACUUCUCAAUCAACAGCUCGAGGUCCUAUUUCAUUUCGUUUUCAGGAGAUAACUGCCAGGUAGGCCUGAACUUCGCUAGCGAGGAAGAGGCCAAGCGAUUUAGAGCCGCACUGAAAGACCUACUCAGCAGACGGCAACGUAAAACGGAGAAAAGACGUGACCCUGCAAAUGGCCCAGCUCUCCCUAUGGCCACUGUGGACAUCAAGAACCCGGAGAUCAACAAUGUGCGCUUCCACAACUCCCACCAUCAUCAACACCACCAGCAGCAGCAUCAGCCACACCACGUCAACAACAUGCUGCACAGCAGCUUCAACAAGAAGGAGAAGAAAGUCAAGGGCAAGAGGAAGAAGCUCACCAAGGCUGACAUAGGCACCCCCAGCAACUUCCAGCACAUCGGCCAUGUGGGCUGGGACCCAAACACAGGCUUCGAUUUGAAUAACCUGGACCCGGAGCUAAAGAACCUGUUUGACAUGUGUGGCAUCUCAGAGGCCCAGCUGAAGGACAAGGAGACCUCCAAGGUCAUCUAUGACUUCAUCGAAAAGAAAGGAGGGGUGGAGGCCGUCAAGAACGAGCUCCGUAGGCAAGCCCCACCACCUCCUCCCUCUCGGGGUGGCCCACCUCCUCCUCCCCCACCCCACAGCUCGGGCCCAGCUCCUCCCCCACCACCACCACCCCCAUCGCGAGGUGGCCGGGGUGCCCCGCCACCACCUCCACCCUCUCGGGCCCCCACCUCUGCCCCUCCCCCCCCUCCCCCCUCCAGGCCUGGUGCCCUAGGAGCCCCCCCUCCUCCCCCGCCCCCCAACAGAGGGGGCCACGGCCACCACCACUACCAGCCACCGCCUCCACCCUCACAUGCCCCCCAGGCCCCACCGCCACCUCCCCCACCAGCAGCACCACCCUCCGGUGGCGGGGGAGCCCCUCCUCCACCUCCUCCACCACCUCCCCCACCUGGACCCCCGCCCCCUCCAGAGCUGGACGGUGGUGUGGAGUCGCCCCACUCACCCCCGGGCUCAGGGGGUAAGUCGGCCCUGCUAGAGCAGAUCCGUGGGGGCACCCAGCUGAAGAAGGUGGAGCCACCGGCCUCCAAGCCACCGGCCACCACCGUAGGGCGCGAUGCCCUGCUCGACCAGAUACGGCAGGGCAUCCAGCUAAAAACCGUACCAGACGGCCCUGAAUCGGGCUCCCCUACACCGGCCCCCUCGGCAGGCAUCGUGGGGGCACUUAUGGAAGUCAUGCAGAAGAGGAGCAAAGCCAUCCACUCCUCAGAUGAAGAUGAGGAUGAUGAUGACGAAGAGGAUUUUGAAGAUGACGACGAAUGGGAUGACUAGUAAAGUUUCAAGUCCUCCUCCCCAACACAACUGACACUAAACUGAUCCUAAAAUCUUCCAAAAACGGACUAAAAUUGAGAGUGUUCUAUGAUUUUGCUCUAUUUAUUGUUGCCUUUUUUGCUUUUAUUAACCUGUGCAAUACCUUGUUCAUUUAAUCUGUAAAGUGUUGUCACACACCCUCUGUAGAGUAUCUCUGGUAACACUUUCCUGCGACUCUGUCAUAGAAUGCUCACAUCACUGUUAAAAGCAUGAUAUACAAAUAUUAUAAGCUGUCAUAACUGUUCAUGGUAAUACGCUGACUUGCUCAGGCUGACCACCACUGCAUGUGACGCUGCGAGAUUGCUUGUCGUACGCUAAUACAAGGUGUUAUAAAUCACCAAUGACACCUGGCGUCUGUUUAGGAGGGUGCAAUGUCACGGAACGUCCAGAGAUAGAAACGUAUUGUGUAGAAUAGAUAUGAUUCUCGGUCCUCAAGAAUAGUUCUUAUUCACUUACAGUAUCAGCUAACAUUAUAUUUCCAUCUGCAACGUUCUGAACACUUAGCCCUAUGGAAUAACACACUGCUGCUAUGUCAUGGUUAUGACAGCCUAAAGACAGCAGGUUCAAGUAGUACGGUAUCUGAUGGAUUAACAGUGUGCAAUUCUAGUUAGGAUAUAUUUGUUUGGUGUGUUACUUUAAAUGUUCUGUUCCCCUGUCCGUAAAGAAAGGGAGAAAGAUGGAUAUAUAUAUAUAUAUAUAUAUGUACACACACACACACGUAACAAACGAGAGAGGUCAUUGUUGUGUUGUUAAUGCAAGAUAACACUAUUUUCUUACCCUACUUUUCUGUACCUUCGAUUUUCUUAAUGAGAUCCUAGUUUAGCACAGUUAUUUUUUCAUAUGGAGGCCACUUAUUAGAAUUGUAAGCCCAAAUUGACUGGUGUAAAUGUGUUCAAUGCUUCGUUCAAAGCUGUUAUCUUGGCACAAUUUCAAAAUUGAAUUUACUAUAAGAGUAACAGUGCAAUGUCAUAGUUGUGUUCCAACAAUCUACUAAAGUGAUGGGGAAAACAAAGCUUACGAUGUGCUGGAUCAGUAUACAGAUGUAGGAUCUUAAUUUGAGCCUGUUUGCUACAGCAGGAAAAUAAUCCUGUGGCAACAGGAACUGUGAUUUUUUUUGUGUGUAUUUUUCAUGCCUUUUUUUGCCCCAAUUUCGGCGUAUCCAAUUGGUAGUAGUUAGUCUUGUCUCAUCGCUGCAACUCCUAUACGGACUCGGGAGAGGUGAAGGUCGAGAACCAUGCGUCCUCCGAAACACAACCCAACCAAGCCGCACUGCUUCUUGACACAAUGCCCAUCCAACCAGGAAACCAGCCGCACCAAUAUGUCAUAGGAAACACCGUACACCUGGCGACUGUGUCAGUGUGCACUGUGCCCGGCCCGCCACAGGAGUCGCUAGUGCGCGAUGAGACAAGGAUAUCCCUGCCGGCCGAACCCUCCCUAACCCGGAUGAUGCUGGGUCAAUUGUGCGUCGCCCCAUGGGCCUUCCGGUCGCGGCCGGCUGCAUCAGAGCCUGGCCUCGAACCCAGAAUCUCUAGUGGUACAGCCUUAGACCAAUGUGCCACUCGGAAGGCCGGAACUGUACAUUUUUAUGUGGAUUAUAAUGAAUGGACAUUUUUCAUGAGGGAAAAUCAAGUCUGGAAAUUAGAAACUUCAGAAGCCGUUUUAAACCUCAAAUAUACUACAAGUUAAAAAUGUCCUACAUUGUGGAAAAGUUCUCCAGCAACAGGAUGAUACAAUUUAAGAUCUACAUCUGUAUACUGCCUGCCAGUCAGUGACUAAUGGAAUAUAUAAUAUAUGCUAUUUAGCAGACGCUUUUAUCCGAAGUGAUUUAGUCACAAGUGCGUACAUUUUUUUACGUAUGGCUGUCCUGGGAACCAAACCCACUAUCCUGGCGUUGCAAGAGCCUUGUCUACCAAAUGAGCUACAGAGGACCAGAGAGGAUCAUGGAAGCUCUUAAAGCAGCUUUUAUUAGAAUCCAUUUAUGAUUGACACUACGGAAAUGUCCUGCUCAUUAUGGGUUUACAGAGGUGUCCUGUGUUAACUUUCAGAGGGGAAAUUAUCACUACAAAAAUGUAUAACUUAUACAAAAAUAGGAUUCAUUUAAGCUUUUGUUUUGUCUCUUUUCUCUAACUUACUGUAUCUGUUACAAUAAAUAUUAUUCUCUCCUCCCUGCUGGAAUUAGAAUAAUAUUUAUGUUACUAGCUAUUAGGUCAGUGUUCAUAUUCAGCAGAUCUAGAAACAUCUUCCAGUUUUUCUUGAACUUUUAUGGGAUGAAUCUGUAAAUGCCUCCAUACAAAAGCUAAUAAGGAACCAAAAUUGUCAUUUGCACGAAGCGUCUACAAGGCUUUGGUUUCACUAUCCUAAAUGCUUUCAUGGUGAUAAUGCUGAUAAUGAUGCCUGUGAAACUCAAUUUUACAGUAUAUACAGAAGUAGCCAAAUGGAUGAUGUUUGAACCGUAUUGCCUGUCUCAAUUUCUACCAUCCUCCACCGAGGUGAUUGCUGCAUUAAGAAACCGUAAUACUGACAUCAAACCUUCAGAGGUUGGAAAAAGCAAUGGAAAUACUAAAUUGUAUACUUAAAUAAAUGUUAAUAUUUACAGAGA